AUGGUAUCAGAGCAGGAAACUAAAAAACAACCUCCAAUGGAGGUUAUUGAUGCGAAAUUGAACCAAAAAUCAGAUGGAAAGCAUGCCUCUGUAUCGGAGAGAAAACGAAAUUGCGAUUCAGAGGUGUCGGCAUUGAGGAAAUUGGUGAAGAUGGAGCGGCGGAGAGCGGAUGCAGCUCUCGCGGAGGUGGAGAGGGAAAGGGCUGCCUCUGCCAUGACGGCGAAGGAAGCGAUGGAGAUGAUUCAGCGGCUGCAGCACGAGAAGAACUCGAUCGAGAUGGCAGCCGAUCAGCAGCGCCGAUUGUCGGAGGCAAAACACGUCCACGAUGAGGAGGUGAUUCAGUCGUUGGAGUCGCUGUUGUGGAGUUAUGAGGAGGAGCUCGGCUUGCUACGGCAGCAGCUCGGCCCAAGAAGAAGUUGA